GUUAUUUUCCAUUCCAAAAAUUUAUCAUAUUUUUUUUGUAAUUUUCAACCAAAAAUUAUGGUUUUUUCUUAAUUAAUUCAGUAAAAUUUAUGAAUUGGCGUUCGUUAUUGAAAAUAGACCGUACCAAAUUUGCAAUGAUCCGAUAAAUUGGAAGAUCGUGAAAUAUCUUCAUAAACUCCGCCAGUCUUCCGAUGGAUUUGAAUUGCUUUUCAAAUUCUCACUUGUGAUACAAAUUUCAAACCUUCGUCGUCAUGAGUAUUUCAGAAAUGAAGUAUUCGGCUCUCGACAAGAAGCACGAGUUCUUGCAGAAUAUCAAAAUCGCUCGAGAAGAGAGAGCCUUCGAAAAACGUCGAGAGAACUGCGCCAUUCUAAUACAAGCGCAUAUCAAAGGAUGGCUGGCUCGUAUAAAAUAUCGAAGAAUAAUCUUGCAAGAAUUCGACGAUACCUUGGAUGAAAAUGAUACUCUGAAACCAUCGUUGAAUAUUUAUCACUUGAUUCGUAGGUUUUUAUCUGUCAUGGAUCCGAAAUCCGAUCGAGAUCGAUUUUUGAAGUUAUGUCGAUACAUUACGAGAAGUUUGGAAUCGGAAAGUGCUGGCGUGAGCUACGUAGGCGUAUUUUUGCUCAAAGAACAUUCCGUUUUAUGGAUAUCGCAGUUGAAGGAACUUUUGAACAAGUGCAAUUUUUACUUACAAAUGCUCGUUAACGACAAUCAUUUGAAUUCCCAUGAAUUACAAAAUAUGCUAAUUGUGUUUCUACAUACUAUAAUUUCUUUCACCUCUAUCAAUACUUGGGCCGUUUUUAAUACGAAGAACUGCUUGGCUGAAACUUUACGCGUUCUUAAACCCGGAUUAAAUCAACUUUGUAACAAUGUCGUCGGUUAUUUGAUAAAACAUGAUUUUUAUACCACGUUGAAGAAUAUUUUGAGAAGAAGUUUCAUGCCUACAUUCGGAAUAAAUAAGCUAGUCUUGACGAAUACGUGUUUAAUGGCUGUGAUGAUAUUGGCAUCUAGGCCUUUGUUAUAUUCGGAUUUUAACGAUAAAAUAAUGCUCCAUUUUAUCGAAAACAUUCUCACAGUACCUGCAAUUAUACAUCACGCUAGAAGUAUUUCACCUCAGUUUUUGAAUAUCUUCGACGAAGAACAACUGCUGGAGCACUUGAUGAAAUUUCUCAGACGACAUUUACAUGCCACAUCGACUGAUUUAGAAGCUAGAGAUUCGUUUUUAAACGCUAUGGAUGUUGGAAAAAGCAACAAUCUUUUAUGUUUCACUGCUAAUUUCAUCGAACUGACUUACAUUUAUUUAGAACAAGUGACCAAAAAGCAGCAAAUACUGAAUUUUAUCCAUAAUAUGACAUUUCUGCUAUUGCAAUGUCAGAGUUGCGUCGUAUCUCAUAGAUCCUCCAAUCUAACUCAGUGGCAUCCGAUUUUGGGAUGGUUUUCUCAAGAUGGUUACGAUAUGAAUAUUCACGAUUCUUUACCAAUCAUUAAAUACCAGUUAGGAUUGUUGUGGUCGAAAGGUUACGUAACUGUGUUUCUAGUCGAGCCUUUGCAAUCUGCUUUGGAGGAUGUUGCAAACGAUGAAACGAAUUCCGAAAAGAAAGGCGGAAAUAAUAGGAAUAUAUUCGGCAAAAAAGCUCUAGACUUAUUGGCUGACAUGGCUUCGGUGAAUAGUAGAUGGAAAAUGAGGGAUUCGAGAAGUCCAGAAGUUAUAGCUGCUGCUAACGAGAUCAAAAAUAGAGUAUUCGAGGCUUGUCGUUUAUAUCAUAUUAUGAUAAAUACUUUUAUUCAAUUGAGAUUGGAUAUUCUGACGGGUUUAUGUUACCAAAACGACGUGUUGUUCUUAUUAUGGAAAUACUUUCUAUCGCAAAACAACGGAUUAAAAUCAUUUUACCGAAUCGUAUCGACGAAUGCUCAUACAAGUGAUCGUAACCACGAAGCUGAUUGCCAAAUGUUGCUACUUUUUAGCGAAUGCAUGAUCCAUUAUAUUACCAUUUUAGACGAUGUUGAAAUGUACGAAGAACAGUCUUUAUUCCGUAUAAGUGAUUUCUUGCAAUUAUCAUCGUUUUUAAAUUAUUUCUUGUAUAAGGGAGUCAUGAAUGAAAUCUUCACUGAUGAAGAAGAUGGAACUAUUACUAGUCAAUUAUUUACCACGUUACAUUCUUUAUUGAUGGUCUUGUAUUUACGAGACUGCCGAAGAUCUUAUACAUCGUCUUCGUCGCAUUGGAUCAUCAAAGAAAUCAAAGCUAGCGCAUUUUUUACCGAUUUAGAUAAAAAUAAGAAAAAGAUAUUGAUACUGAAAGAGAAAAUGCCUCAUGUUUUAUCGUAUCAAGAACGUGUUCAUUUAUUCAAAAAAAAUCUUUUUGCUGAAAAGAACAAAUUAAAGCUUCAGUUGCAACAAAGAACCGAAGGAAGUUCUAAUAAUCCUACCGGUGUUAAUCCUCCAACACCUGUUAGAGUUAUCAAAAUUCGUAGAAAUCACAUCGUUGAAGAUGCAUUCUAUUAUCUACAUAAAUGGAGCGCGAUAGAACUGAAACAAGCGUUUCGUAUAAAAUUCGUCAACGCCGAAGGAUUAGAAGAAGCUGGAGUUGAUCAGGCUGGAAUUUUCAAAGAAUUUAUCGUGGAUUUGGUGAAAAAGUUAUUCGAUCCGUCAUUGAACUUAUUUCGAAGAACUGCGUGCGCACACAUGUAUCCAUCUCCCAUGAGCACAAUGUCGGAAGGGAACCAUCUAGAUUUAAUGGAGUUUUCCGGUAAAAUGUUGGCCAAAGCUGUAUACGAGGGUAUUGUUUUGGAUGUACGAUUAGCUUCAUUUUUUCUGAGCCAAGUUUUGGGUCAAACUCAGUCCACAUCGUAUAGUUAUAUCGAUGAUUUACCUUCUUUGGAUGAAGAACUUUAUCGUAGUUUAAUGUAUAUUAAACAUUACGAUGGAGAUGUGGCUGAUUUAUCUCUAACUUUUUCUACAACCGAAGAAUUUUUCGGAGUUAUUACUACUCGCGAAUUAGUACCCGGAGGAAAAGUUAUAAACGUUACUAAUAGUAAUAAAAUUAUCUAUAUCCAUCUAAUGGCGCAUUUUAGAAUGCAUACUCAAAUCAAACAACAAACCAUAGCCUUUGCCAAAGGUUUCCAUUGUAUAUUUUCUAGCGAUUCGUUGACUUUGUUUUCGGUUCCUGAAUUACAAUUACUUAUUUCCGGUGAAGAUAAACCAUUGAAUUUUACUCAACUGCGACAGCAUACGCAGUAUUAUGGAGGCUUUCACGAUUCCCAUAAAGUUAUCAUUUGGUUAUGGGAUAUUCUGAAUAAUGACUUUACCGAGCAAGAACGUGCUCUAUUCCUCAAAUUUGUAACUAGCAGUUCGAAACCUCCGGUUUUGGGAUUUGCAUUUCUAAAUCCACCGUUCUCGAUUAGAUGCGUCGAAGUGAGCGAAGAUGAGGAUGCCGGUGAUUCCAUAGGAAGCGUUAUCCGGGGAUUUUUCACCAUAAGAAGAAAAGGACCAGAGCAUAGAUUACCUACAUCGUCGACUUGCUUUAAUUUACUAAAAUUGCCUAAUUAUAGUCGAAAAAGUGUACUAAAAGAUAAGCUGCGCUAUGCGAUAACCGCUAAUAGCGGUUUCGAACUGUCUUGAAGUUUUUUGUGUGUCUACUCUAUGAUGAUUAAUCUUUUACCUAUUAUAUAUUUUUGAUAUUUCGUUAUGGGCGUUUAAAUAAAAUAAAUUAAGAAAAAAAAUUUACGAAUUGAAUAGCUUCAUUUUUAAUACCUAGUUAAUUCUGUUAUCUGUGUUGUGUUCCAAAUUACAUUCCCAACCUAACGAAAGUUCAGUCAGCUUGACAAACAUAACAAUAAUCCGCAUCACGGGUUUCAAAAAAAAUAUUCCAUACAGAAGUAAUUCAUAAACGAUGGUUAUAUUUCCUUUUUUAGAAAAAUGAUAACAGCAAAACAGGAUAAUAUACUGCUUAAUCUUCGUCGUCUUCGGCGACUUCUUGGUUUUUACCUUGCGCCUUACGAAGGUUUUUCCUCUUUACACGUCCAGGUCUUCCGCUACCGAAGGGUGAUUUCAGCGAGAAAUCGAUGUGUUUUUGAGAGUCAAGUCGCACAAUAAAACUUGGUACAUUUACAACUUGUUUAUGAACCCUGAAAAAUCAA